GACUUUUGCAGCAAAGGAUCUCUUCAACAGCGGGGGUCCUCCCGGAAUUUAUUGCCUGAGGAGUUGGCACACAGACGAAUUAAUAACUCGAAUCCUUCACAGUGCUCCUCAGCUGGUGACGAGUGGUGCAGCCCUACCGACAAGUUCCUUCACGGCCGGCUCACGUCAGCCAUGCGACGCUUCGCCAAGUAAUCCUGGGGCAAAGGAAUCUCUCCCAUGUUGAUCUUCUCCAAGGUCUUGGAGUCCUCUGCCUUCCUUCGACUCUGAUUAGUACUCUCUUAGAUUUGCAGAAUAUAAGCACGGUAAGCUAUAUAAAAGCCAAGCUGAUCCGGCGACAGGGAAUCCAGGCAGCAAGUAAAAAGACCUCAGCUCCACCCAAACAAUGACAUUCUCCGCGACACAACAAAAACAACAGCAGCAGUCUUUUCGAUCCGCUUGCGAUCGCUGCCGUACCAAAAAGCUCGGUUGCACGAUCUCCGCCGUGGAGACGUCUCGGACCGGGUUUCCACAAUGUGUGCGCUGCGUCCGAGCUAAACUCGAUUGUGUCUACAGUCGCCGUGCACAGACACGGAGGCGAACCGGGGAUGAGGGUGGAGUGACUGGGGGGGACAAACACUGCUGGGAACAACCGGAUGUAGCCGCCCAUCCGCAGCCACCACCCCUGGACAUCUCGCUCGACUCGUCCGAGCAGCUCGCCGGCUUUCACAUGGACUUCUCCAUGCUGAGCUCCGGAGCACAUGAUGGCUCUGGGUUCAAGUUAUUGAACACAAUGGACACGAGCGACCAUGCUGCCUGUACCGGUGUCAACUCCCUUCUGGAUGAGGAUAUAUUUGCACGGUCGCUCUCGUCACAGGAUUUUCUCAUGGACAUGUCAUCGUCUUUCCCCAUGGCCGAAAACGCCUGCGAGCCCACACCCUCGCUGCCCUUGUUCUCCGGACCCUACAGUGCCGCCGGGAGUACUUCGUCAACGGCGGAGAAACGAGAUUAUCCUUCUUUCCUCUUUGCUCAAUUGUCGCGACUCGUGGCGGACAUUCAUGAGACAACAUUCAUGCUGGACGGCGUCGUCGACGAGGAUCUCGACACGAACGCCGUGGGCUCGAUUCUAAAAUUGACCCGCAGAUUCACGGCCGUGCUCCAUGAUUCAGGGUGGGCCUCCAAAUCAUCCACCGACCCGCCUCGACACCAACGAUUUCCCUCCACAUCAUCCUCUUCCCCACCCACGCUUUUGCCAGGGACCCCGGUCCAUGCGGGCUUUCGCAACAACAGAACCGCGGGCCCGUCGCCCAUCAGCCUCGACCAGAAGAAAUCGAUCUCGUUCGACAUUCCCGAUGUGUCCACCGAUCUGCAGAUGCUGACCUGUUACGCCUCCCUGACGAAGCUCUACAUGACGGUACUGGACCAAAUUCACAACCGCCUCGACCCAAUGCCCGAGUCCACCGCCUUUGACCACCACAGAGCAGGUCCUCCCGGGGAGCCCUUCCCCCUUACCAAUGAGACUUACAGCAAGCUCUAUGGCGUAGUGCAGAUUCUCCUCGACGAGUUUCAAGUCGUGGAGGACCUCCUCGGGUCCUCCGAUCCGGCCGAGGGAGAAAAUCACACUAAGCAGGGGAACGAAGGACCUCCGCCGGUGGGAUUCAGCCUGGAGGCAGGAGGUCCCCAGACACCUCCUCCCACGAAUCUAUAUCCAGGUGCCUCGUCAUGGCUUCUUCAUCAAGUGAGACUUGUCCGGGCAGCGUUGAAUCAAGACGCAAGUCGUAACUUUGCCCUCCACCCCGGUCAGGAUUCGGAUGGGAGUCCAAACGGCGUGCUACAGCAGGGCCACGAUCUCAAGGCAUUCCUGCGCCGACGGAUGGAGCUUUAAGAAAUGUAUUCACAAAGAGUAACGAUUUUUCCUA